AACACGUGAGGGUGUCGGGUUGACCGCGCUGCAAAAGGAAUAGGAACCUCCAGCUAAAGAGUGAUCAUGUUUCUGCAGUAUUACCUCGACGAGCAGGGAGAUCGGGUCUAUACGCUGAAGAAAUUUGACCCUGUGGGACAACAAACCCGCUCAGCCCAUCCAGCUCGGUUCUCCCCAGACGACAAAUACUCGCGACACCGAAUCACCAUCAAGAAACGCUUCAAGGUGCUAAUGACCCAGCAACCGCGCCCUGUCCUCUGAGGGGGUCCUUUAAAUUUCAUGUCUCUUUUGCCGCCUGCUACCCUUCGGAGACUCUGCAACCAAAUUCUACAAUGUGUGAGCCAUGAAGCCUUCUUACCACACAUAUUGUUUGGAAUCAAGCCCCACCUGGCCUUUGAUCAUGCUUGUAUGAAGCACAGUAGCAUCCCCCUUAAAAAAAAAAAAGUCUGACUCCUUUUUUCAUAUUUUGAAUUACUGCCGGGUUAUUAAAGACAAAAUGAUUUGAAA